AUGUUUCUGCUGGGAAUAACAGAUAUGAUUGCCACGUCUACCGCUACAAUCCUCUCCGGAUAUUUGUUCACAGUCGGAGCAGUAUUCUGCACAUUACCCGAGUUGAUCUACGUGGCUGGUUGUAUUGCAUUGGGUAAAUUACAGUGUGAAGAAGGUGGUUGGGUAUGCUCGUGUGCCUUGACGCUUCUACUUGUCAUCAACCGUAUCUCUGAUAUUUUGGCUCCAACUAUUUCUGAAUUUCUCUUUUCGAAUAAUCGUACUUGGAUUGUUGCGAUGAUUCCGAUAUCCUACACUCUAUCAGUUAUUCUCUUCACUCCUGCUAUAAUUUUUAAUUCUACAGUAAUGGCUUGGAUUGGAGAUCCGAUGAUUUUUGAAGGGAAAUCGAAGGAAUAUUAUAAUCCGAUUCAGAAUUUCAAUAAUAUUGUUUUUAUCACUGGAACUAUUGUGUUCUACGGAGCAUAUUGCUUUUUCAUGGCUAAGAAACAAAUGGGAUAUAAAGUAUCUUCGGGAAGAAACGUGUUCAUCCAAUCCACUUUGAUCUGUUCUAUCAAUUGCUCUUCAGCUCUUGUAUACUCUUCGAUGAUGUUCAUUAAACCGAAUGAGUAUAUUGUUCUUUUCGGAGAACUCGCAUGGUCUCUUGUACAUGGUUGCCCAGCUAUAAUCUACCUAACAAUGAAUAGAACAAUCCGACAAGAAGUGACUAGUUGGUUCAGAAAGAGCCCCGCUGUCAAGGACAGUGAUAAGUGUACGACCUCAGAGCAACGUUCGAGAACUAUUAAUUGA